GAUGUAUUGUGCAUUUGUGGCGGCCGCUCAUGUCGUUUACAUGUUGUGAUGAGUAGUUUGGAACAAGAAGACCAAGUUGCAGUAAUAUCGAGGUCUUUGACUUGUAACCAAUACAGUUUCUAUUUGAGGGGAAGAGAACAAGUUCAAGAAAACUCACAGGUUUUUCAUUCUCGUUGUCACAAUUGUGCUGUCUCGGAAAGUGAUGAAUUCGUUCAUCCUCUACAGCGAACCUUUACAAAAGACCAGGAAAAUUGGUUUCCCGGUACUGAAGACGAUAAUAAUGUUGUAGUUUGUAGGAGUAACUGUCUCAACUCCCACGUUCGCUCACUUUCCUUUUCUUGCGCGUCGCUUUGUGGCACCAACCAUAAACGUUUGGGACAACCGAACCAAGACCGAUAUUCUUCCUUGUUUAUACCGCCUCUGUCUUAUGCCUUUGGAGUAUUUGAUGGACAUGGUAUGUACGGAGGAGAUGCUGCUGAAAUUGUUGCCGAUUGUCUGCUUCCUUUUUUAAGCGAACAACUUCAAAGAGGCACGCCCCCGAAGUUUGCACUUGAGUUGGCUUUUAGGCAUGCAGCUACAGUACUGGACUCUUCUCCUUAUGGAGCGAAUUCGGGAACUACUGCAACAGUUGUCUUGAUUUCUGAGGAUGAAGUAUACGUCAGCAACGUUGGAGACUCAGGUGUGGUAUUGGGACGCUGUAUACCACAGGGAAGAGAGUGCUUGAAAAUGGAACCUUCAGCUUCCGUGAGAGAAUGUCUUUCUGAGGAAGAGAAGAGUGAUUUUUAUUGGGAGGGAUAUUUUGUCACUGCUUCUCACCGUUUGGAAAGUUUGGAAGAGCGCUCGAGAGUAGAAGCAACUGAUGCCAUCAUUGACGGAGAAUACAUUGUCAGCCGAUUGGGCGAAGGAGGAGCUCUGAACUUGACACGAACUUUGGGAGACUUAGAUAUGAGAGCUUGUGGAGUCUUGGCGGAUCCUUUUACCAACCAUCUUGUUUUAGGUCCUUGUGACAAGUUUCUGAUUAUUGCCUCAGAUGGCCUUUGGGACUCACAUGACCGCAAGUUGUCUCCUCAAAAUAUUGUUGAUAUUAUAUCCAAUAAUUUGUGUUGCACAAAGGAUGCAUGUAGACAGCUUCUUCAAUUGGCAGAGGAAGAUGGACCAUUUGAUGACUGUACAGUGAUAUUUGCUUUAUUUUCUUAAUAUUUUUUUGUUUCUGUAUUUCAUUUGUUAUCGUUUAUAUUGUGGAUGUUAAGUAAUUGAUUGGAUAUU